AUGGCAUCCGUCCCGAUGUCGCAGCUCUCCGCCGAGCAGCGCGACGAGCUGCUGUGCGUCUACUCAUCGCUCAUUCUCUACGACGAGGGCCUCGACAUCAACGCCGAGAACAUCACCAAGCUGAUCAACGCCGUCGGCGUUAAGGUCCAGCCCUUCAGGCCGAUGCUGUUCGCCAAGGCCCUGGCAGGCAAGAACAUCGCUGAACUCUUCGCUGGCGUUGGUGCCGCUGCUGCCGCCCCCGUUGCCGCGGCCGCCGCAGCUGCUCCCGCUGCAGGUGAGGCCAAGGGCGAGUCCAAGAAGGCCGAGCCUGAGCCCGAGGAGGAAGACGACGACAUGGGUUUCUCGCUCUUCGACUAA